AUGUCAUCGAAUAGCCUUACAAACUGCGAAAAAGCCAAAACACAUGAAGAGAGGAGUAGCUGGUCCAUAGAAGCACCUGGAAUUAGUGGAUACUACGUUCGAUUGGUUGAAGGAAAACUGGAGAGACGGGCUAGAUUUCAUUAUAUGAACAGGGAUAACGCAAAGGAAGUUGAGAUUGAAGACGAGAUGGCCGAUGGUGACGAGUAUCCAACAGCAGAUUCCGAAAAUACAAGCCACGAACUCCUUGAUUUCCCGUUCUCUAUUCCCGGCAUAAAUUGUCUGUCAGACAAGUUAUCCCGACCUUUUCCGGCUUUGAGAAUAUUCCAAUAUAAUGCGACGGAGUUGAAUACAACAGAAGAAGAAACUGCAGAGAAAGUACUAGAUUUUUAUACAAAUAUGUAUGAUGAAGUCAAAGAGGAAAAUCAGGAUAAUGAAGUUGUUAGAAGCGAGGAUGAUUCAAGCGACGCCGACAAUUGGGAUGACGAAGACGAACUGUCCAACGUCACCCCUAACAUCUCCGCCCAAUCUUCUCCUAAUAAUACCACCGCUCCCGCCCGCACGACCAGUACAUUCAAUCUAACAAACGAAAAUCCCCGCUUGGAAACAGCUGGCAAGAAAAGUUGCACGGAAUGGAAUAAAAAAAAAAAGAAGCUCCGCGCGCACAGAUGCAGUGAAGCUAGAGCGGGUGUUGGUGCUCUUAAUGGUCACAACGAUGGCGUCUAUUGUAUGGCAAAGAAUCCAAGAAAAAUUACUUCACUGAUAUCUGUGGGGGGCUCAGAUGACGACAAUGUCAGGUUAUCGGGUGCGGGCUUAUCCGAAUAUUCUGAACAACUCAAAGCGCGAUAUAAAGAUUUGCCGUAUUGCAAGACCAUUGCUAAUCCGGCUUAUUUUCUUGCCAUUGCUGCGUAUAGCAUGAAUGCGCAACUAUUGCACCAAACCAAACAAAAAUGGGCAUCCCAGAAAAACCCGCAAUGCAGCCCUUUACUUAUAAAGACACCGUCAUAUACCCAAAGAGAUCAAGUCUAUGCAACAGAAGAAACAAAUUAUGCUCAGCGCACAAAAACUAAAAGAGGAAAAUUUCACAUUCAAAAGAGGGAACAGUAUCGUAUCAAGGCGGAACGCAAGAAAAAGAUUAUUGGAGUCGCAAAAUAG